CCCAUUUUAAAGUUGGCGGUACUUCGUCUGCAGUCAUCGUGGUCGUUGAAUCGUUUCGUUUCUUAGUUGGACUGUUAUGAUCUUUACCUACUUUCGUCUCUCAUGACUAUAACUCCAAACUACUUGAAGCUUUUGUAUAUAAUUAAGAAGUUUUCGGGGUUCAUUGCCAAUCCAGGUUUUUCGAAAAAGCUCUACAGAGAUCUCGAGACCUGUGUUUAGAUCUAUAUUCAGUCUGUGCAAAACUGAUUACAAUAGUACACAAACUUUUCUUUGUGUCAUAACGUUGUGAUCCACAUCUACUUAGCUAUACAUUUAUGUCAGCACUCCGUGCGACUUAUGUCAUGACUCUGAAAACCCUUCAGUGAUUAGUAGGCAAUGACUAUAGCAACCAGAUAUAUAGUAGUUUAACACUGUGUAUAAAUUUUCCGCAUACCCCAUAUUUAUUUGAAAUUAUAUCGGGUAAAGGGUAAACCUGAGUCAAUUUAGUCAUGACGGUAGAACUAGUAGAAUUCACUUUAAUACAGUUAUAAGUGGUUCAAGUAUUCGGGCUUUUUCUACAGAAGUAGAUAACAAAAACACAUUUGUAAAGGUGAACUUUUUUAUAUAAAAUUCCAGGUUAUAUACUGCAAGUAAUUGCGAAAACAAUCCAGAAAACUGUUUAGUUAUUGCUAGUAACCCAGACCAAAAUGUCAAUUUGAAAAAAAGUAUCCUAAUUGGAAUAUUGUCUCUUGUUGGAAUUCGAUCUUAUUUAGUACUUAACCUUGGCAUCCCAAUCUUUAUGUUUUGGGGAAAUUCUGAGGAAGCCGCUAUAGAAAAAUUUGGGGAAAUGGCACAGAAACCCCAAAAUAGGAAAAUCGGGAUCUUUUGCUGUGGUUACGUUCAAUGAGGAUGGUUACUCCAACAGUUUUAUAGAAAAAUACAAUUAGCCUACACUUUUAAUAAAUUCAAUAAAGCAUCUAAAUUAUGUAUGUCAUAGCUUGUAAUGCAUUCACCUAGACCCAAAAACCCCAAUCUAUAAUGCCAUUAUCUAUCUUAUCAAUGUUUUAUGCCUGAAAGGCUGAUCCCACGAAUUAGCGUAGUUUUUAUAUGUGCCUAUAAAGAAUCUAACGUAAACAAACUAUAAUGUAUCACCCAUUUCCUGUUUCUGUGAUGCCUUUAUUUCAUAUCCAUCCACCUUUACUGAAACUUGAAAGGGUAUUGUUGAAAGUUGAUGAUCUUGACUACUUCUCCUUUAUUCAUUCAUUCACACUACUACAUGUCGAGAUAAGGUGUUAACUAAACUAAUUAUUUUGACAUCUAUUUGGUUAUAUAGCCGCUAAAUACCUUGUGUAAUCUGACGUAAAGUGACUUCGCUCACGAAUUCUCUACCAAGUUUUUAUUUCUAAGAUGGUUAUCUUGUUUAAAUGCUUUGAAAUUUUCUUUGCCAAAAACUUAUUUCUGCUUGUAAAAGUAGUUAUUGGACAUUUUCAACACUCACCUUUUUCUGUUCACAAACCACUUAGUGGAUCUAAGUAACUCGUCAGUUAUAAAAAUGUCUCACGAAGUAACUAAAUGUUAUUCCGUUUUGUACAUUGGAACGCGAAACUUAGCCAUGUUGAUUCAACUUGUACAGUAUAAAACUUUCAAAUAGCUGUUCUCUAAGUUUUAUUGACAACUUUUACUCAGUCUCAACAUAAAUUUUCUGACCUUAUUUUGUUUAUCGUUGAAGCCAAACUAGUUCACUAACUGACAAGGAUCACAAUAUUUCGUCAAAUUACUGUAAAUUCACAUGGAGAAUGUUUGGCAAGCGAAAUUUUGUAUAUACUCCCUGGCCAAAGUCUGAAGAAUUUUCGAAAUGUUCUCAUUGCUUAAACACUUAUUUCACAAUGUCUUCUUCUCGACAUAUUUACUACGUCGCUCGUGAAAUGUUUCCCGCCUGUCUUUUAGCAGGUGUUGGGAUGGUAGUAGCGGGAUGUUAUGUUGAUAUGCUCAAGUCUUCCGGCAGUUUAACUUCGAAAGAUGAAAGUAUUUUUGAAAUCAUCCCACCAAUUCUUGGACUGAAAGGAAAUUUAGAAGUUGCUCUUUCCUCUCGAUUAGCUACUAUGGUUCAUUUUCGAAGAAAGUUUAACGAACUGUCUUUCUGGUUGUUCGCAACCACUCUGGCUUUUAUACUUGUUCUUGCUGUGUUCGCAAGCACAAUUAUACCUUUAGUGGUAAUAACUUUACAUAAAUCAUCGAGCACAUCUCAUUUCCCUGUCGAUCUUGUCCAUCUUAUCUGCAUUUCAUCAAUGACUUGCAUCUGCGCCACGUGUUUUAUAGGUAUUGUUGUUUACGCAAUAGUAUGUUCUUGCGUUUUUUGCGGAGCGAAUCCUGAUAAUGUUGCUCCACCUGCAGCCGCUGCUUUGGGUGAUCUUGUGACUGUUUUGAUUAUUUCACAUGUGAAUUAUUACUUUAAAAUGAAUCCAACUUUAACUGUCGCUGUUGCUGUGUGCAUGAUUUCUGUCGUUCUUAUUUUGAGUAUAUCUUAUUUAUUAUGCCAUUCAAAUGUCAACGUAUCUGGUGAUCUACUCAGUCUUAUUAUUACACCUAAUACUUUUAAAGAAACCAUCGUUCCUUUAACUCUUGCAAUUAUCAUGAGUAGCAUUUGUGGGAAUAUAUCUGCCCGAUUUCUGAUAGAUUGGCCCAUUAUUGCGCGCCUUCAAGUCCCAAUAAAUGGCGUGGGGGGGAUUUUCGCUUCAAUGUUAAUUAGCAGAAUGACAACACACCUGCAUUCAAUAACUUGUUCAAAAAAACCUCCUCUGAAGGAAUCGUUCCUCGUUUCUCCAACAUCUGGUCUAGUCACAGUUGAAGAAGUCAACCGUGAGAACUCUGAUAGAAAAUAUACAUCAACUAAUAAUUCACAUUUCUACACAUCAUCUCAAUCAUUCGAAACAUUCGGAUCCUGUAGAAAAAUACAUGAAAUUCAUAUAGAUGUUUCACAGGUAUCUAAACUUAUCAGAUUCCUGUGUGUCCCGUUACAUUUUAUCUUAACUAUAGUCAGUGUAACUGUCAAUUAUUAUUUAAAACAGGAUAAUUCUCCAAAGACCAUAUCACCUCUACAUUUAGACAUUUUAAUUCCUUACGUCAUCGCUGGAUUCAUACAGAUAUGCAUACUUCUUAAAUUUGCAAAAUGGAUUGUUUUAAAACUUUGGAGAUAUUUACACUUUACAAAACAGUUAAACUCUCAUGAUAAUGUUAUAUCCUUAGCAUCAAUUGAUUUUUCCGCUAUAGCUGUCACUACUGGUGCAGGUGAUCUGAUUGGAACAAGUUUAUUCAUUCUAUUUCUAUCUAUUAGUAAAUGGAUUAUGAGUAGUUAAUUUUCGUUGUUGUUUUUUUUCGGUAGUCAUUCUGUACAAUCAGUUCUUUGAUGUGUAUAUUUUGUUCUGUUUUUGUUGUAUAUAUGAAAACAUUGUUCUCUUUCUUUCAUAUUAACGUGAUUGAUAUAAUAGUUGUUUGGACAAAUUCACUUUUCUAUAUUUAUAUAAUAUCUUAUCAAUUUUUUUUACAUCAUGUCAAUAUAAUUUUCAGUAAUUCUUUCUACUUGUUUAUCAACAUUCUUAACGUAGAGAAAGGUUUAGAAAGAAUAUUGUCACUAAAUAGUUUUAAUACCUUUUCUGUGUAUUUUGCUAAUAUUAUCAGGUUUAGAAUUGUAUAUUUUCAACUAGGUCUUGAAGAGGUUUUAUAAUGGUAAUGGUUCUUUCCUUUAAUUAUUAUAAUUUGUUACUAUUCAACUAUAUUGUUUCUGUUGAAAUCAUGAUAAUUGAUUUAUUUAUAUUCUCAUUAUCUUCCUCUCCGUUUACAAAUGUUCCAUUGUGUUUAUUUAUACCUGUUGAUCCGAUUACAUCUAAAUAUAAUUGAAAUUUAAUAUUUUGGAUUAC